AUGCAGAUAAAAGACUUCUGGCCUCGAUAUUGGGGUGGUGUUGUAUUUUAUGACCGCGGAAUGGAAUUCUUCAAAGCACUUGGUGGAGGGAAACUGCUCAAGGAAAAAUUCCUGUCAGGUUUUGUUUUCAACCCUCGAGCUAGAGCAAAUUACAAGCGUGCAAAAGCUAUGGGGAUACAGCAAAACUUCAAAGGAGAAGGUGAAAUUAAGGGGGGGCUUUUUGUAGUUGGCGGUGGAAGGAGUGGCAUUGCAUACCAGUUUAUUGAGAGGAACUUUGGUGAUUGGGCACCUCCAGCUGAAGUCAUUGAGAUCUGUGCCCAGUUGCAGAACCAACAAGAAGCUCAAGAGGACUCCUGUAAGAGAUCACAGCAAUCUGAAUGAAAGUUAGAUGACUAUUUUCUGCGCACGUGAGAUCCACAAUGAAUAAAAACAUAUAUCUUAUAGUUCCA